GUGAUUUUUCUGUUCAGGUGCUACGAUCGAUAUUGUUGAAAUCGAUCCUGUUGUUAUCUCAGCCUCAAUCGAAGCAAUGGGCUUCCCUUCAUCUGCUGCAGUAGAACAACUGGAACAAGCAUCCACAUCACAACCUUCUGAUUCUGACAAAUUUCUUUGGGGCAAACUACAUAACCAACUGCAGCUCUACCGAUCAGACGCCGAGAAUUUCAUCAUCCAUAGUUCCAAAAUGUAUGAUUUGAUCUUCAUAGAUGCUUAUGACGGCGACGACAUAUUCCCUCGAAAGCUUUGGGACUCAAAUGGCCCCUUUCUUCAAUCUCUUCAAAGAAGGCUUCAUCCUGUUCAUGGGACUGUGGUGGUUAAUCUCCAUGCGGAUUCGGAUGGAGGUGUUCUUCCAAUGGGUAAGUAUGUUACUCAGGUAUGUAGAGCAUAUAAGGAGAGCCUUGGUUUUGCUUUCAUUAUUUCAGUUCCUUGGCUAUGUAAUCUUACUCUUGUGGCUUCUAAUGGCGUGGGGUUGGGGAGAGUUCAUCAAGGGAUUUCUUUGAGUCGGGACCUGGUGCUGAGUGCUCUUUUGUCCAAAUCCAAUAUGGUAGAAUCUCUUCUUGACUUGCCGUUUUCUUGUUUGCAAUAUAUCAAGAGAGAUUUUGAGCUGGUUGUUUGAAUUGUUGAAAUCUGGUUCCUUUUCUGUGAAUGUGAUGAUUUCUUAUAAAAAUGUGCAGUUAUUUUUUUAAGAACUAAUUGAACUGCACAGUGGCAUCAAGUGCUUUGUUUUGUGAUUUGUGUGUUUAAUCUGUUCAAAGUGGAUGCAGUCAAAUAUCAGUGUUGUUGUCUCUGUACCUCUACAUAAAUCUGGAUUAAUUAUUCUAUGCGGAAGUCGAAUACCCAGCGUCCGGAGACGAAUUAGAAUGCACCACAUCACCCCUGUGCUCGGUAUCGCGGCUCGGUACUGCUGAACUGGCGCAUUCUGGUUGGUCUCCGGACAGUGUACCACGGCUCGGUAACUGACAUGGCACAUUCUGGUUGGUUUUUGGACGGCGUUUUGUGACCAGUCUCCGCAAAGAAUAAUUUCUCCUAAAUCUGAACCCUCUUCCCCUUGUUAAAAGCUUGGGAAAAUCAAGCAAAAUGUCACCAAAAUCUAGUAUAUUUAUGUAUAUUGAACACCCUAAAUAUUAAUGCAUCUUACCAUUUGUGCA